GCUCAGUUGGUAACGGGAUAUCGAAUAGAGUGCACGUGCAAAGCGGUUAAAUGCGCUCGAGACGCGAGCGUCCUGUGACAAAUGUAGGUCUAUGUGAAUGUGUUUGUGGGUGAAAAUGGAAAAUAAGUGAUUUUAAGUUUGCUUUUUUAUAUGGUGAACACAAAUUAGGCAAAUAGUAACACACCAACGAAAUUGAGCGCUACGAACACCCCCUAAAGGCAGAUUUAUGCUGCAGCAGCUCGUUUCAAUAGCACAAAACAUAGUCUACAUAUAGGCGCAUAAAUAUUAUGAAACAUAAUGCAUAGGAGCAUUUAUGCAGAUAAAUAGUUGAUUUGGCAGAAUCUCAGAGCAUUGCGGCUGCUGUGCAUUUCCCCGAAAGCCAGUCGCAAAAUAGAGCAUAAAUCACUUUUAGAUCACAGUUCAAGUGUUGAAUGAGUACAUGCAAACAAGCGAUACGCCGUAACAAUGGAUGGCGAGCCGAUGUCAUUCACCACUCUGGCGCUGCUGCUGCUGUUGAUGAUAGCAUUCGUAAUGUUUGCCUGCCAUUGUUUGGGACCGCGUGCAAAUACGUGGAUGCGUUCGAAUAAAGAAGAGAAGAUAGGACUAUCGAAAAAUAAGCUAUUUCAUGCGAAUGGUUACAUGAUCCAUUCGGGCUCGGAAUUUUUGCUCAGCAAUAGCGGUAGCUUUAAGCGUUUUGACACCAUCGACAAGGACGACUACCGACAGUCGGGCCAACAGCCAACUCAGCAUGCAACCACACCGCUUUGGAACCUCGCUGGCGAGGGGGAGGUAGACUCCAACAUACCGCCACAACCAUUGCGACCAGCGCCAGCACCGGGCACUCAGCCGCCCGCAAGUGCCGGACAUAUAAAGACAGUGACAUUUUCUUUUCAACAAAUCAAUGAGACCACGCCGAACCAUGAAACAGGCUCAUAUGGACGCAGCAACGGUGGAGAUACGCCAUACAAGCGUUCUUCGAUGAAAUGCACGAAUGCGGCCAUACCGAAAAAGCUUGAUGCGCCCCCGCCACCACGGCUGUCGGCCUCAUCGUCGACAUUGAGCGCCAGCGCCAUACCACGACCGGUGGCCAAGAGGCAAGUUUCAUUACAAAAUGUCGGAAAUGGUGCCGCGGUCAUGGGUAGACAUAUGAUGGAAACAAUCACAACUGCAACUACAAUACAGGAAACUGAAGCUUUAUCCUCAACAAAUACAACAACAACGACACAAGCAAACACAAAUGACCAAUACAAUCACAAUCAUCCGAAGACGUUGAAGCGACGUAAUUCCAGCACAAAUCCCUUUCUAUGUGAAUCCGCUGAGAGCUUACCGGAAUCAAACACUGCCUUGCAACAACAACAAUCAAUACAAUGCUACACAAACGGAGGCAUGCAAAAUAUUGCCAACAACAAUAGCAACAAUUUAAACGGACACAUUAGUAACGGCUGCAGCGAAGCUCCAUCACCAACAACAACAAACAUAAAUGGCUCGUGUAAUCCCUUCUACAGCGAGUCAGCGCCUCGCGAAACAGACAUGAUAGCGGUUGACACCAACAACACAACCCCCACAGCAUUAAGCGCGAAAUCACUACAACAACAAUUUCAAGAAUUUCGUAAUCGCUCCUUUUCAACCGACCAGGCGUCGGCGGAAGACUCCGAACUCAAGUCACUUUCAAAUGGACUGCGGCGACUAACACAAAACUCCACCAAUCCCUUCGCUGGCUUGACUCAGCGCGUACAAAAGGGGCCACACAUGCUACAGAAAACCAUUUCCGAGGACUUUCUCUUCCGCAAACUCGGUGUAAAUGCAGGUGCGGCCCAUAACGCGCAGACAACAGCGCAUGGCACACCGAACACGAGUGGCAAUGGCAAUACCACCUGGACCUUUGGCCGUUCACUGUUGCGUCAAGAUUCCCUAAUGAGCCUUGGCCGACGCAAUAGCUCACAAUGUUCGCUCGAUUCGACGACCUGUGGUUCGAUGGAGGGCAUCAACUUAGAGCGGGCCAUCUCAUGUGACUCGGUGAACUCGGACACCUCAUCGGUGUUUGUGGGCGAAUUGGAUCAACCGUAUACACAGAUAACCGGCUACCUGUGUGUCGGCUUGCAAUAUGACAAAAAUUCCAUUAACGACGAGGGCAUGGAGCUCACUGUUAUGGUGCUGGAGGCAAAAGGGCUAAUUUGUCCUUUUAACGUCGAGUCGUUAGACACUUUUGUGCGCAUUUAUCUUGUGCCAGACGAGGCAGCAGCAAUGCAGACGAAGGUUUUCAAAGGCUCCGUCACGCCCAGCUACAAUGAAACAUUCAAUUUUUGGCUAAAGAAGCAACAGGGUCGCCACUCUCUCUGGUUCCAUUUGUAUCACAGUGGUGAUACGCACACGCUAAUCGGCGAAGCAGAAAUGGAAAUUGGCGAAAUGCCACGCCCCGUCACGACAUGGAUACCGCUAACCGAUUCGCGCAAAUGCAAUGCACAAUGGGGUGAACUAAUGUUCUCGCUGAGCUAUUUGCCAACAGCGGAACGUCUUACGAUUGUUGUGGUGAAGGCGAGGAAUUUAAAAAUGGAAAUAAAGGAAGGCGGCACCAAGGUGACCGCACCGCAACAGGUUCAAAGCGUUUUCGUGAAGGUUUACCUGAUGAACAACGAAAAGAAAGUGCUGAAGAAGCGUACUUCACUCAAACGUCGAGAACGCAGUCCCAUCUUCAAUGAGUCGGUGAUUUUCAGUGUGCCACCAACAAGCCUCACCACUGUUCAGUUACGUCUCACCGUUUUCGGUGUGACUGAAGCUGAAGAUGGUGGACCGCGUAUUACGCCGUUGGGUCAUGUGAUAGCAGGCGCCUGUACAACCGGUAAGGGGCUACGACAUUGGCACCAAAUGCUCUCUUCGCUACGUAAACCGGUAGCCAUGUGGCAUGUAUUGCGACGCGCCUCCUACCAACCGAUCUUUACCGGUGGCGCCGAAGCAGUCGUAGCAGCCAUGCAGAGCACAGCCUUACGUGCCAAGCGCAACAGUAUUAUCUAAUUAUUUUCUGAGGAAAAAUCAAAUAUUUUUAUUGGGGAAAAAUCUUGUUGAUUGCAAGUUAACGCCACUUUUUAGCAGACCUCAAUUGCGUUAAGACUUAUCCUGUUACUCACAAGAGAAAACCAAAUAAAAUCACUGUAGCUCACCCUCUCCUCCACUCUUUUUACGCGCACAAUUUGUCCAAUCAAACUGGUUGCCCUUGAAUGCAUACUUUUAGGCAUAUAACCCCAAGUAAGACUUGCAAUUCAGUAUUUUAUAUUACUUUUCUACCUUUUUUAUACUUAAUAACGUCUUUUUACUCAGCGACUUGUCUACUAAAUGAAGAAACAUACUCUUUCUCUCUGUCCCCUUUCUCAAUCACUUCACUAAUAACUCUCUAUAUAUACAUUAUAACUAAUAUGUAGUACGUAGUACAUAUGUGGUUUUCCGCACAAUAUUCCUACUAUGGAUCCAGCACUCAACCAAAAUAUAUACUCAUAUUUGUCAACUAACCUACUAUUUAACACACACACAAUAUCACACCUAGUCCAGAAGCGCAACUUAUACCUUAGAAUCGAAUGUGAAUUCAAAAUAAAGUAUAUAGCAUUGCAUUGUAUUUACAUGUAUACAUACAUAUAUAUAAUAUAUAUCCUUAGCAAAUGCACUCGGGUUUGUAGCUAAACUAUAAAUAUAAAAAUCAACCAAAGUAUAUUAUAUCAUACAAAAUGCUAAUGUAUUAAUGUACAAUGAGUAUGUAAAUUUGUAAGUACUCUAAAAAAUAAUAAUAUACAUAAGUAUUUAUAACACUGUGCGACAAUUGAAGGAAGCGAACCUGUAUAUCUGUUGUAAAGGGAAGAAGAGCGAGGAAUAAUAGAUGCUUAAUCGAACUUCUUCACCCAGUUUGGUUUUUGUUUGAAAUGAUAAAAUUACUUCUGCGAAUGACUAAUGCCAAUGAUAUUUCAUACUGUUUUUGACAUGAAAAUCCUUGGUGUCUUGUGAGCAAGCAAAGUUGUGAUGAUCAUUUUUCAAAAUCUACAGAAAACAAUAAAAAUGUUAACUUCCCGUUCUUUUUAAAUGGCAGCAAUAUUCUAUAUUGGUCAGAUAUCGGCGGUUCCAACAAAUGAGCAGCUUCUUCGGGAAAACGGGCGUUUGCCAAAUUUGAGAUCGAUAGGUCAAAAACUGAGGGACUAGUUCGCAUAUAUACAGACGGAGGGACACGCGGAGAUGGCUAAGCCGCUUCAGCUCGUCUCGCUGAUAAUUUAUAUUUCUUAUACCAUGUUUAAGUUAUAAACAUAAUAUUCGGUCAACAGUUGGUAAAUGGUAACCGAAACGGUCCCAAAUUAAUGGUCACCCUGACAGCAAUUCUCGAAAUUAAUUUGGGAAUUUUUUCAUCCGAAGAACAACAAAACUUCGGAGUUAGAACUUCCGCAAUUGUGUUAGCUCAUGGUUAUGAAAUUUCCAAGUAACGAGAGGUUUACUGUGGAUUUAUUCCCAACUAACAAGAUACAUAAAUUCAAUUCCCUAUCUGUAGAUAACAUAGACAUAAUCUGCUCUACUGAGAGUUGCUAAUUUUUUAUAGUGAAUUUUUCAUGUCAGCAAACCGUAGACUUGACUUUUUAAUUUUCAAACAUUUAGCUCUUAGCUUCAUCCCAAACCAUUUUUAUUAAAGAAUACAUUUACUCUUCAAUAUCCGUUUUGGAUCAUUACGACAUCGGUGUAGAAUAUUAAAAUCAAAUCAAUAUACGAUAAACCAUCCUAAUACAAUAGUUAUACGAAGUAAUCAAGUUGGGUAAAUUUUUAUUGAACAUAAGUUGUGAAGACAUAUUAAAGAAAGUCUUUUUGAUAUCAAAACUAACCUCAAAAGAGCAAUGUUUUACAUUUUUCCGAUACCCAACGAGUAUACAUUCUUGGCAAGCUUAAUUUGCCAACAUAAAUUUGUCACACAGUGUUGUGGUUAAAGGCAAACAUCGAUUGUUGAAUGGGUAAUAAAAAACCUUCGGGAAGUUAAAUAUAUAAUAUACUAAAGCAAAUAAUUUUUAUGUAAAUAAAUUGUUGAAAAAAAAAUGAAUAGUUAAACAAAACAAAAACAAAAACUAAACUAGUGGCAAUCAAAAUAAGGAUAAAUUAAUGAAUUAUUAAUAUUGAAUUUGUUUCGAGAAUAUAAAUGAAAACAAAUCUAAAUAGCUUUGUGAUUAUAAAGUCCGAAAAAAUAAAUUAUAUAACCGCUUAGGGGAAAAAAGGAAGGUAAAAGAAUGAAGUACGAUAAGUAUUAAAAAAAUGCAAAUUUAUUGCUUAUCCAUUAUGCUGUGGCUGGGAUUGAUAUUAACCACCUUAUGGGAUUAUAUCCACUUGCAAGUCAGUAUUAUUUAAUAAAUAAAUAACAAUAAAGGUAAUUUACAUAAUUCAAUGUGCUUUAACAAUCGGCGAUUUGUUUAAAAAAUUUUGGUUCCCUUUACACCCGUAGCCCAUCUCCAGGAGGAUCUCCGAAAAAAGAUCUAUGGCAGUGCGGAACAUUUUUGUUUAAUUUAAAACCAUCUCAAAUCUAAAAUCCAAAAAAAUAAAUGUAAAAUCAUUAUCGAAUAUUUUAUUACUUCGUUUAUUACUUAGAAAAUAUAUCUAAGAAGGUUCUGUGAAAAUUUCAACUCGAUCGGUCCAGCUGUUUGGAAAAAACAUUCCUCACACACUCUUAAAAAAAAAACAUUUCGAGAAAAACAUGUUUAAAGUUUUUGGAGCCGAUAAGCUCGAAACACUUCGUCGGCUAUGAAGAUUUUUGUGUAUCACAAAAGACCAGCGUUCACACACAUUUUUUUAUAUUAUUGUGAAACACAUUCUACACAUUCAAUCAUUAAAACUGCUUAAGGGAUAGUAAUACAAAAAAAACAGAAAGCAAAGGACGGAGUAAUAGUUUUUCAUCGAGAUAGCUACUUAAAGAGUUCAACAUUUUUUGUACCAUUUUUACAUCAGCUGAAAGAAGACGAACACAUUAAACCCCCAUUAAUAUUAUCCUAAACAAACAUUUCAAAGGAUAGAACUAUCUUUUGGGGGUAGUGUUGAUGGCGAACAGACCGAAAAGUUUUUAAAUUUAGUAAGAAGGAACAAAGGAACAAUGUAGGGAUAAUCACAGGGCAACUACUUCUAAGAUCAGACAUUUUGUCAAAUCCACAGAGUUGCUGAUCACAGCUUCAUUGGUUACUAUUUGGGUGCAUAAUAGACUUAAUGAUUGCUUAAGGUUGGCCGCGAGCGAUUCGGCAUUCCAGUGUCUCUUCUUUUCAACCACCAAUACGAACUAUUUAUGGUGAAAAAGCAGCCUAACCUCAUUUAGUUGACCCGUUUUUGAUAGCGCUUCACUAGAGGCCUUUAUCCGCUCACUUUUGUCUUAAAGUUGUAGUUGGGUUUAUGUCAUUCAAAACCAAUCGUAAAAUCUAGAUUAAGUCUAAAUAUUAGUUGAAAUUAUACCCCGCUUAACAAUUUCGAUUUGUCGCAUGUUUUUGUGGCAAUAAAACUAGAAAUUAAAAAAACGAAGAAAUUAGAAACUAAAAUGUUUCAGGAAGGCACUAUAUUUUAUGAGAAAUGUUGAAAUUAUCUCAAACUCUUUAUAGAAAGGCAUAUUCGAUGUUUUUUGCGCUUAAAUUUAUUAAAAUCAUUUUAUAAUAUUCACUUAAUAAUAGAUAAGCAAUUAAUUUGCAUAAUAAAUAUACAAAAAUUCUAAAAUUACUGUAAAACAUGUGCAUUCUUCAAAUAUACAAUUUCACAAACAUACAUAGUUGAAAAGCAUACUACAAAUUAGCCAACACUUGAAAAAAUUUACUUUUUAAAUACUUCGCAAAUACUCUUACUUACAUACAUAAAUACAUGUAUACAUACGUACUUACAUACAAAAAAAAAUUGCAUUUGCGCCUCUUAAAGAAAAAUUUUGUUCUGAAAUUGUGAUAAGCAAACUCGAAAGGAUGAUAUCCUUUUCAAUAUUUAUUUGCGAACUUUAAAUAAACUAUUAUAUGAUAAAAUAAUACUUAAAAAAAACGAAUAUAAUUCAGUCCAAACUCAUUUUUGAAACUCAGUUAUAGAAAAAAACGACAGAAAUUUAUUUAAUUGUGCAAAAUCUUUUAAAUAUGUUUGCGUGGCCUACACAGAAUUUCAAAGAAGUUAUUGUAAUUUUUUUUUUCGAACGAAUCUCAUCUAAAAUGGACAAUAAAAGACAUUUCCAGAGCCACCAACCAUUAAACAAAUAAUUGAAAUUUUGAAAUAAUAAAUAUAUAUGUGCGCCAAAAACCACCAUGAUAGUUCAAAACGUCUUCACCUAAUGUACAGUGGCACAAAGUGAGCAAAUAAUGAACGAAAAUUUAAAUUGAAUUGCCCUUCGAAUACGAGUAUGCACAAAACAAACGCAAAAUUACGAUUGUAGAAGUCGGAAACGAGUAUAAAUACUAUUUGACGCAGUAGACUCUUCAAUGAAAUUAAGUCCAAAAAGUUGUCUUCUCUUCAAAUUCACUUCCAUUUGAGCGUUUAACAUUAUACAUAUUUACAAGCACAUAUUCAUUUCAAAGAAACCGAUAACAAUAGUGAAAUGCAUAUAUGUAUAUUAAAGUUUGUACUAGAUUUUUAUGAAAUGUUAACGUAUGAAAAUAAUUAUACUUGCAAUAGUUGAAAUAAAGUUUAUAUUAGCGUUGUUUAGUUUUUAAAACAAACAUUUUCAUAUUUACAUUUAUUGAGUAUAAUGUAUGGUAUUAUAUGAGAAAUUGUUGAUUAAAUUGAGAUACAUAUAUACAUACAUACAGAAAUACAUAAAUAAAUACGAACAGAUAAAUU